AGUCCGUCCGGCAUCUCGCGAACCGUCGGGUCGGGUGGGUUGGCUCACGCACCAUUUCCACCUUAGAAUACGAAAUCUCUUCACCCCGGUGCGCUGUCCAAGUGAGGUGUACAGUGAAGUGAUCGAUGUGUGUUCCGAGCUCGGGUCCGGAUGUGGACUGACCGGCCCCGAAUGCACGAUUUAGAUCGACAGAUUGAACAAAUUGAAAUCCAAUUAAACGUCAAUUAAAGUGUCCUUAGAGUGUGUGUGUGUGCGGCGUGAGUACCCGAAGGGAUAUCGAUAGGAAUUCUCCAGGUGUGGCUCUGUGGUCAAGUGAUUUGGGAACCCUUCAUCUUGCAGAGGUUAGUGAGGGAAAGCGGGCGUGUGUAUGUGUGUGUGUGAUUAGUGGUAACCAAUGCUCUGUCACACCGGAAAUGAGCAUUAACACUCGAGUCAGACAAAUUUAGUUCUCCCCAACUCCGAACAUCCAUUAUUUUUCUGCCAUCGGGAGGGAGCCUGGAUUUGCCAGAAUUCCGAAUAGAAAAGUGAACACAUACAGAAGUCGUGUCCCCUCUCCGUAUCGUCAUCGUACGUAAGCAAAUCGAAAUCGUCACCAGCACAUCACGUCACCAUGGAUACCACCGAUGACAGCUACGAUGAAAUCAUGGCCCAGGCCGGCAACGAUGGCAAGUUUCAGCGACGGUACAAUCUGCUCUUCAACUUCGGUGCCAUCUGCUUCGCGUCCAUGUCGUACAUGAGUAUCAUCCUGGCACUGAACAAACCGCCCCACAAUUGCCACGUGCCCGGCAUGGAACUGUACAACAUUACCGAUGCAAACCAUUGGAAGAAUCUUACCUUACCCAGAGAAAUGGAUAACCGUGGCCAACUUGGAUAUAGCAAAUGUCAGAUGUACAACGUCACCGAGGAGCAUCUGAAGCGCCAUUACACGGAAUGGAGCUUCGAGAGCAGCGACAUCAUUGACUGCGCGUACGGGUAUGACUACGAUCGCACCUAUUACGACCGCACACCCAUCACCGAGUACGAUUGGAUCUGUGACAAGGGAUUCCGCGAGACGAACAUUUUCAUUUACAACCGGCUCGGUGAGCUCGUCGGAACCGUCAUCUUUGGCCAUCUGGGUGACACAUUAGGCCGCCGGCCGGUGUUUUACCUGAGCAUACUGAUCAUUACGGCCGGUCGUCUGGUUUCGAUGUUUACCGCCGCCUACUACGUCGUGUUUUGUAUAGCGGCCGUCGUUGGCAGCCUGACGGCACACUCCAUCUUUCAGGCGCCUUUGAUCAUCGCCAUGGAGAUAUCGAAAAGCGAAAGACGUGGCCACAUUUCGAUGAUGCAGUGCAUCGGUUGGACGACCGGUUUGUGCAUCCUGCCGAUGGUGUUCUGGGCCACAAAGGACUGGUUCUGGGCGCUGCUGAUUGUAACGAUGCCGAUCGCCGUGUUCGUAUUUAUCCCGAAAUACACGAUUGAAUCACCCCGCUGGCUAGCGACCCGCGGCAACUAUCGUGAAGCGAUGGUACAGCUGAGGAAAAUUGCCACCAUCAACGGUAUCCGGGAGCUGCCGUUCGACGAGAGUGUGCUGGAAAAGCGGCUAGCCAACCACCGGACCGACACCGUGUACGGGCUCGCCUCACUAUUCAACGGCUGGCGAAUGGCAAAGAACACGAUGCUGGUCAUCCUGUGCUGGACGGUGUGCAGCGUGACAUACUUUACGCUGGUGCUGCUCAGCUCACGGAUGGACGGUAACCCGUUCCUGAACUUCAUGUACCAGGGUCUGAUCGAAGUGCCGGCGGCCUACAUGGGACAGCGCGCUAGUGACCGCUACGGACGUCGAGCAACCAAUGCCCUCGCCCUCUGCUGCGCCACCGUCGUGUGUAUCGUGCUGGUGAUGAUCGUACGCGAUCCGGCCAGUGAAAUGGCGGCCACCAUACUGGCGACGGUGGUUAAGUUCUGCAUCAGCAUCACCUUCUUUGCCGUUAAUCUACAGUCGAUCGAAAUCUAUCCGACCUGCUUGCGACAAACGGGUAUGGCCGUGGGGACAAUUGCGGCCACCAUCUUCGGCAUCGUCGGACCGUACGUUGUGCAUCUCGGCACGGAAUAUGACGUACGGUAUCCGUUCCUGGUGAUGGGACUUUCGUCGGCGGUGGGCAUUUUUGCGGCCCUGUUCCUACCCGAAACGCUACACCAAUCGCUCCCCAACACGAUCGAGGAAGCGCAGAAGUUCGGCAAGAAUCAACGGUUCUGGUCAUUGCCAAAGGCACCAGCGAAGUCUCGUGCGGAGGAAACUCGAACCGACAAGCGGCAUGGUGUGGAUGCAAAGCCAGAAGAAUCCAUCCGAUUGGCAGUGCCCGAAGGGGAAGCUGAGCCGGCUCAAGAUGACGGGAUCAAAUAAAAGUAUCUUCAAUCUUCUUCGUAA